GAUUAUAGGAAAUAAUUUAAUUUUGAGGUUUGGGUUGAUGAUGUUAAAAAUAAUAAUAAUAAUACAAUUAUAAUAAAAGAACUAGACAUUUUAAUUUGAAUAAUUUUAAAUGCAAAAUAUUAGCAUUGGGAGAUGACAAGUCAUUUUGAAGUUAUUUAUAUAGGUUUCUUACGUCUAACAUGAGCACGGUAACUAUAGUAACACUAUAGUGGUCAUGCGUGUUUAAUCUUGCUUAGUAAGCGGCUUUGCACGUUGUUCCUGUGUAGCUGUGUUUGUAUGAUUUAUGAUUUGGAGGUGGAGGAUUUUUACAGCUCGGUCGCUGUGUUGUGUGACGGUGAUGAGCAGCAGCAGUUCAGGAAGCCAGGGUCCGGGUCGGGCGGCGUCUCCCCCCGGCCGUCUCCUGCGCCUCUCCGCGGUACCAGGCUACGAGCAGCACCGCCUUAACGAUGUCUUACUCCUGCGGCCCGAGCCGAGAGAAACACGGGCAACACGCAGCGAAAAUGCACACGUCGUUUUUUUCCCCGGAGAUAUACAGAACUUCCAUCAAGAGAUGGCUAUGCAGCCUGAUGCAUCUCCAUGGCUCUCGUUCAGUCUGGAGCGAGUAGCUUUGGCACUGGGUGCCCGCUUCCCGGGCCGGCACGUGUGGCUGGUACGUCCAUCACUGCUCCACCUGCACAAGUUCAGCUGCUACAUCAACUUUGUUUCAUGUGACCUCUUCGGUGCACCUAAACACUCACCUGACUAUGGCGCCAUACGCCACUUACGAGCCCUCCUGGGCCACGCCAUGGAGCGAGCAGCCAUCGCCGAGCCUCUGCCACCACUAGGAGGUGCCUCAGUGCCCGCUCCCCUCCCUACAGGCUUCUCGCUCAUUUUAGUGGGCUUCAGUAAAGGCUGCGUGGUGCUGAAUCAGAUCGUACACGAGCUGGCGUCAGCCGGCACGGACCCCGAGCUGAGGCAGUUUCUGGCCAGCAUCUCAGACAUGUACUGGCUGGAUGGCGGGCACCCAGGCACCGGAGACACAUGGGUGACAGACAAGCAGGCGUUGGGUGAGUUGGCAUCUAGCGGAAUGGCCGUGCAUGCUCACGUCACUCCGUAUGAAGUGCGCGAUCCGGCGAGGGCGUGGGUGGGACGUGAGCAUCAGUGCUUCGUUAAGACGCUGGAAGAACUCGGUGCACGCAUCACGCAAAACCUCCACUUCGAGGACGAGCCAGCAUGUAUCGCAAACCACUUCCGGGUCAUCGAGGAGUUCUGAGUGGCACAGAUUAGAGCUUUUUCUGACUGCAAGCUUUCUUUGCACUUUCUCAGUACUAAAUGUUAGCCAUUUUGUGCAAACCUCUGGACACAGAGUUUUCUAAAGCGUUUACAUGGAGAGUAUUUAAGCUUCUUUGCUCCCAGUCAUAGUUCCAGUUUCUUAUCUUGGUCACAGGCUGCUUCUCUAACAAAGACUGAUAAAAGCAAAAUAUUUUGACCAAACGUCAGCUGUAACAUGGGAAAUAUCUUGUUGCUCAGGUUGCACCGUUAGCUUCUUCUGCUUCAUAACUGUAAGCUGUGUCUCAAAUCACUUAACUGUGUUAUUUUAGACAUAAUUUCUAUAUUAUUAUGUGGUUAAACUGAGAAACAUGAUUACGCGGAUGUUAUGCAGUGUAGUUUAAUUAUAGAUUAUCAUUACUGUAAAAAUGAGCCACAGAUGACGUUCUGUCAUUCUAGAUUGCAGAAUGCGAUCACUGAAAGUGCACAGCGUAACAGCAGGGGUGGACAAAUAAUAAAAUCUGUUAGCAGGCAAGUAAAAGCUUGUCGUAAUUACUGCAGAUUUUCUGUAGAUUUGGGGCGAAGACGUGCCUUGUGAUGUCAUCACAACGCGCAUUCAACCAAAGCCCUCUUCAAUUCACGUGCGUCGAAGAUGCGUACAGCUAAAAGGUCUCGUUUACAAACAAACAUCACUGCAAAAGACAAGACAGUUUUGUGCGAUUGCAAUUUUACCAGUUCAAGUAGUUUUCUGCAAAAAAGCACAAAAAACUGCAAGUUGCAUCACAAAUUUUGAAAAGAGCCGCCACAAAAUCUAGCAUUUUUGGGCACAACAGUCACAAAAAAAAACUCUUGUACGGUCUGAUUACAUGAUCAAAUAUUCAGAUUUUUACUAUGCAUAGUUCUAAAAACGUUCUUUCUUUUUCAGACUGUCUAAUAGUCCAGACACAAAUUCUGCUUGGCCCAUGCUACUAUUUGUCCACUCCUGUGUAACAUUAACACUAAUGUUUACAAUCAUUGACUAUGUUUGUGAUUAAGCGAUCGCUCAGCUUCAGCAUAACAUACGACGAAAUAUUCUGAUUCGUCAGCUAACCCGCAACGAUUCCAGUUUGUCCGGCUGAGAACUAGUUUUGCACUACUGUGGAACGUGUUGUAUAUUUCACGUGCAGUCUAAUUUUUCUGCUCGACUUAUUUCUUGAUUUUCAUGUCGCCAUUCCAUGCGUUUAUAAAAAGCUGUUUUUCUGUGUUCAUUCUGUUCUGUUUUCUUGAUAAUAAAGUAACGCUUAGC